AUGACUGCAGAUCGAUGUAUAUACGUUGGAAACAUUAAUCCCAAAAUAACAACUGAUAUCUUGUAUGAACUUUUUCUUCAGGCUGGACCUUUGGAAGAUGUUGCCGUUAAGGACACAUUCGCCUUCGAUAUUUCUGAUAAGGAUUUAAUCCGACCGGGGAUAAAAAACAUCAAACAUGUCUUGGUUGUAACUUCUGGGAAGGGGGGUGUCGGGAAAUCCACGGUUGCUGCUCAAGUCGCCAUUAACCUAUGGAAUAGUGGUUUCUGUGCUGGUAUUCUUGAUAUUGACUUUUGUGGACCGUCUAUACCUCGUAUACUGGGUUUGGAAAACAACAAAAUCCAUUCAUGUGCUGAAGGCUGGCUACCUGUCUAUGCUGACGGACACACCAAACGCUUUCCCGUGAUAUCAAUCGGGUUUCUGUUAGAUAAUCCUGAUUCUGCGGUUAUUUGGCGUGGACCACGCAAAAGUAGCAUGGUGGGUGAAUUUUUGAAUUCAGUUUGUUGGGGAGAGCUCGAUUAUCUGGUCAUUGAUACUCCUCCUGGAACAUCAGAUGAACAUAUAACUGUUUUCGAACACCUACAGAAGUCCACAUCUGAUGUAGAUGUAGGAAUUAUUGUUGUUUCAACUCCACAGAGAGUAUCCUUGUGCGAUGUAAGUCGGGAGCUUGGAUUUUGUAUGAAGACAAAUAUGAAAGUAAUUGGUUUAAUUGAAAAUAUGAGUGGAUACAAAUGUCCCAAUUGUGCUCAGUGUACGAACGUGUUUUCAUACGGAGGUGCUGAAGCAUUGGCUGUUGAGAAAAAUGUUCGAUUUUUGGGUCGACUGCCUUUUGAUCCCGCACUAACUGUCGCUUGUGAUCGUGCGGGAGAUUUCCAAUCAAAGAUUUACACCAGUGAAAAUACAAAACUUUUGACUGAAAAAAUACUUUCGGUAUUAUCUGUUUGA